GGAGGGAAUUCUAAAAAACACCCCAACCCCAUUAGUUCUUUCAUAUUUUAUCAGCUCAUGCUCGAAAGUUCUGCCUGUCAGAGCCCACUAUCAUGAAGCCGAGCCCGGAGAGAGAGAGACUGAGAGAUAAAAUAUAAAGAGAGGGAGAGAUGGGUUUAUAGUUAUUCUGUGGUCUGUAAGCAUCGGAAGUGGUGGGAAGGGAGGUGCUGGUGAAUGGUUGUUCUGUUUAGUGGGGGUGGAGGUCGCUUGGAAGUGGGAGUUGCGUCCCUCUGGGUAAAACCAAGGGAAGCUUUUAAUUUAUAGCCGGAGGGAGGGCCAUAUGAUCGCACAAGAAGAAGACAAUUACCACGCCUAUGUCCGCAGAAACGGACAGCUCUAGAAGAAGGAUCACAGCUCCCGAAUUCCACAGGGAUGGCUUCUAGCUGCCGCAAUCCUCGUCGAAUCAUCGCCGCCUUCGUUGUGCCGUUUCUUCUCCUGGCUGCCACCAGUCCCGCCCUCUCGGCGUCGGUCCUGGCGAAUAGUACGCUUCGGCCCGGCGAGGAACUGCUGAAAUAUAGGAGGAUUAGAGCCCAUCUAAAGAGGCUCAACAAGCCUUCACUCAAGACAAUCAAGAGUCCUGAUGGUGAUCUCAUAGACUGCGUUCCAUCUCACCUCCAGCCAGCCUUUGAUCAUCCUAAAUUGAAAGGGCAGAAGCCAUUGGAUCCACCUGAGAGACCCAAAGGCUACUUUCGGAUGGCUACAGUGGAUGGCACCUUCCAGGCAUGGACACUUGCGGGUGAAUCGUGCCCAGAAGGAACCGUGCCGAUAAGGAGAACGACAGAAGAAGAUGUACUCAGAGCCAGCUCCAUUGGGAGAUUUGGGAGGAAGCCGGCGGGAAAAGUGCGGCGCGAUUCCACGAGCACCGGUCAUGAGCAUGCAGUUGGCUAUGUACUGGGAGAUCAGUAUUUUGGUGCAAAAGCUAGUUUAAAUGUGUGGGAACCGAGAGUGAUCAGUCCAUCCGAAUUCAGCUUGUCGCAAAUCUGGGUCAUCUCCGGAUCGUUCGGCAAUGAUCUCAACACCAUUGAAGCUGGAUGGCAGAUUAGCCCACAGCUUUAUGGGGAUAAUAAUCCCCGGUUCUUCACAUAUUGGACGAGUGAUGCGUAUCAAGAGACUGGAUGCUACAACCUCUUAUGCUCUGGCUUUGUUCAAACAAAUAAUAAGAUUGCUAUUGGAGCAGCUAUCUCACCAAAAUCAAGUUUUAAGGGUGGGCAAUUCGAUAUCAGCCUACUAAUAUGGAAGGAUCCUAAGCGCGGACAUUGGUGGCUGGAGUUUGGGUCAGGGUUGUUGGUGGGCUAUUGGCCUUCGUUUUUGUUCAGCCACUUAGCUAGGCAUGCGAACAUGGUCCAAUUUGGUGGAGAGAUUGUUAAUUCCCAGCCAUCAGGAUUCCACACAUCGACACAAAUGGGCAGUGGACAUUUCGCUGGAGAGGGUUUUGGUAGAGCUGCCUACUUUCGAAAUCUGCAGCUUGUUGAUUGGGACAACAGCUUGAUCCCCUUGCCCAACUUGCGACUCUUGGCCGACCAUCCAAAUUGCUAUGACAUACGAGGAGGAAUAAACACGGUUUGGGGAAAUUAUUUUUACUACGGAGGUCCGGGAAGAAACAUGAGAUGUCCUUGAAACAUGCGCGACUGUUGCAUUUUUUUUUCUUAAUUUUUUUUUUUUUAGGAUGGGGUCCGUGAAGAUUGUUUUUGGGGAUCAUUCUUGCCUUUUUGGGUUGUUCUACAGAAGAAUCUCUUCUUUCUUGUCCAUCAUAUUAUACAACUUUUGGAGGCCAAUGUAACUUCAGGAAAAAAUAUAGUGAAAAUAUAUACUAUGCUUGUUA